GUCAACAUAUGCACGCGACGUACACCACAUUACCCAACAACAUGAGUUCUCAUCUUCAACACUUAAGAUUGCUAUACCAUCGUGCUGCCAACACCCUCAUCCUGCGAAUUGCCAUUGCAACUACACUCGCUGGUGCCGUUCUCACAAAGGUUACACAAGGGGUUGUCUCUGCACACCAGAUUGUGCCUCAAUCCAGUGCUAUCUGUCCCAUCCACCUAUUCCUCGUCGUCGUUCUUUUCAUCGUCACAGCAACAUUCUACCUUGCACUCCGUCCUAGAACUGUAUACCUCGUUGACUAUGCUUGCUUUGUGGCAAGCUCCAAGUUUAGAUACCCAAAGGCAACCUUGCUUGAGCAUGCACAUCUCUCGCCUUUGCUAGAUGAUUCUACUACCAACUUCAUAGCUACUAUUCUGGAGCGCUCAGGCAUGAGCGACCAGACAUAUGUACCACCUAUACUUUCCUAUAUAGAGCCAUAUUGUGGGCUUGAUGAAGCACGCGCGGAAGCAGAGUUGAUCAUGUUCCCGGUCAUUGAUGAACUUUUUGCCAAGACAUGCAUCAACCGUGAUGCGAUCCGUGUUCUUAUCACUAACAGCAGUGGGUUUAGCCCAGUACCAUCCAACGCUGACAUGAUUGUGAACAGAUACAAGUUGCGAAGUGAUAUCCGCCUCAUGAACCUUUCAGGGAUGGCGUGUACUGCGUCAGUGACUGCGGUGGGAAUUGCGAGCAACAUGCUGCAGGUCAUACCUUGGGGGUCAUACGCAUUGGUGGUAUCUACGGAGAUCAUUGGACCAUUAUACUAUGCAGGAAAUAUGCGUUCCAUGCAGUUGUCUAACAUAUUGUUUCGUAUGGGCAGUGCCGCCAAGCUCUUGUCGACUUCUAGGUCCAAGGCUCGAUUUCGGCUUGAGCAUUUGGCCCGGACGAUCACUGCAGCAAAUGAUGCUGCCUACCGGUGUGUUUAUCAAGAGGAAGAUGAGAAGGGAAACUUUGGGACUGCUCUCUCUAAAGACCUUAUGGGUGUCGCUGGAGAUGCACUGAAAGCAAAUAUCACGGUAACCGGACCUCUUGUCCUACCGGGGUCAGAGCUUCUCAGAGUUUUGCUCUAUCGCAUGGCAAAAAAGGUGAUCGGCUCAAGGAGGGCGAGACAAUCCAUCCCCAACUUUUGUCUUGCAUUUGAGCAUUUCUGCAUCCAUGUUGGUGGACCAGCGGUUAUCACCUCAGUACAACAUGGACUCAAUCUAUCAGAUAAGAACGUUGAGGCAUCGCGAAUGACGCUACAUCGAUUUGGAAACCAGUUGAGUGCAUCGGUGUGGUAUGAGUUGGCAUACAUCGAAGCUAAAGGCCAGAUGAAGAAAGGCAAUAGGGUGUGGAUGAUUGGGUUUGGUGCAGGGUACGAAUGCAACACUAUUGGGUGGAUGUGUAUACAACCAUCUUCUGGUGCACAUGGACCCUGGGCUAGCUGCAUCCAUCGUUACCCAGUGGAUGUCUCCAACAAAGUUUAAACUGAGAGGAUAAUGACAUCGACAUCUACUACUACUACUGCUGAUGCUCCUCCUCCUCCUCCUCCUCCUCCUGCUCCUACUACUACUACUACUACUACUACUACUACUACUACUACUACUACUACUACUACGUCAACAUCUAGAAGAGCACAUAGUAUGAUGAUCCGACAAAAAGACAUGACUUCUCAACUCUAUUGCCCAAAAGUCCAUGUUCUUAUUUAGAGAGGGUAGAAUAGUCAUAUGUUGGGCACUUUAGA